AUGGAUGUCCGACUUUUAGUCAAAGCUGUUGGCUUCUUUCUACUGGUGUUGAUCGGGAUCCCUGGAAAUAUGUACAUUUUGCUAAAAUUUGCUGUUGUUCGAGUAAUGGAGAAGAAACUGCUACCAGCAAACAUCAUUCUCAUGGUUUUAUCUUUAGUGAAUCUCCUUAUUGUCAUCUCAAGAGUCAUUCCUCAGUACCUCCAUGCCAUAGGAGUGGAAAAUUUAUUGGACGAUACCAAAUGUAAAGUCUUUGUGUAUACAUACAGAGUAAGCAGAGCCAUGUCCAUUUGUACAACCAGUCUGUUAAGCUGUCACCAAUGCAUUCUCAUUGCUCCUAAAGUCAAGUUAUGGGCCUCUCUGAAGCAAAAGGUGACCCAUAAUAUAUGGAAAAUAAUUCUGAUUAUUUUGUUAGUCAAUCUAGUACUCUACCGUACCAGCCUUAUGUAUGUUCAUUCGAAAAAGAACGCUACAACCUCGCCAUAUACUCUGCACUUGGUCUACUGUGACACUGAUUAUUUAAACUAUAUCAAUUACAUUACAAACGGAAUUGUUUUUGCUUCCAGGGAUUUUCUGUUUGUCGGGAUGAUGGCUAUGGCUAGCAGUUAUAUUGUGUACACUUUGCUUCAUCAUGAAAAAUCAAUAAGAGGCAUGCGAAGCUCAGACAAAGCUCAUGGGAAAUCAGUCGAGUACAAGGCAUCUCGAGCAGUCAUCUUGCUUGUUACAUUGUAUGUGCUGUUGUUUGGCUUCGAUAAUUCCAUGUGGAUGUACACCCUGACUCUGUCCAAUGUUAAACCUGAUAUGAAUGAUGUCAGAAUUGCUUUAGCGUGCUCAUACUCUGCAAUGAGUCCAGUAGUAAUCAUUGCAACAAACCCCAAGUUACACAUCAAGCAAAAGUUUGCACUUUGGAGCAGGCUGUUACUCUUCAACCACCAAAGGUGUACAGAAAAGAGCAUACAUGUAGAAUGUGUCAGUUGACAUCAGCGAUUACAAUUUAGCAUGCUGCUGCAUUUGUUUGGUACGAUUUCAGGUAGACAAUUCCAAAAUAUGGCCAGAUGUUGGAUAUAAGGGUCUUUCUGAUAAAUAUCUUGUGGUUUCCUAUGGUAUUUUACACAGUGAUUAAGGUGCAUUGGUGGUCACAACAGAUGUCAUCUCAGCCUUUAGUUUCCUCCUCUUGUAGCUCAGUGGACUAGC